UUUCCACAACCUUGCUGUUGCCACCGUUCUUUGAUUUUUGCACCCAUAUAGUCCUACCAAACUUUGUACCCCAAUUUCAUCAAUCCAACUGCCUUUGUAUCAACGACUUUUUGCCCAAAUUUCUCUCUUUUCCCUAUAUAGAAAACAAUCUCAAUUUCCUAAUGGCUUCGGAAACAGAAGAGUUUUCUGAAUCAUCAUCAGUGAUCGAACGUUUGAUAAAUUCAAGAAACAGAGACCUUGCCCUGUUUUUGCCCUUCAUUUUAGGCAUGACAAACUCCCCGAAUACUCCCAACCCAGUUCAAGAUUCCUCUACCCCAGAUCAGGAGGCGCAACAAAGUCCUCCACAUAUGCGAGAAUCAACGGAUCGCAUCAUCCUGAUUAAUCCCUUAACACAGGACAUGGUGGUGAUAGAAGGCAGCAGGGGAAGUGGCUCUAGCUCUUCGAGCUUGGAAUCUUUGUUGAGGGACUUGUUUAGUAAAGAUGGGCAGCCACCAGCCUCAAAAGCAUCCAUCGAAGCCAUGCCCAUGGUGGAAGUUAAGGAAGACGGUGAGGAGUGCGUGAUAUGCUUGGAAGAGUGGGAAGCUGGUGCGUUGGCUAAAGAGAUGCCUUGCAAGCAUAGAUUCCAUGGAGAAUGUAUCGAGAAGUGGCUGAGAAUACAUGGGUCUUGCCCUGUUUGUAGACACAAGAUGCCUGUUGAGGAGAAUGAUGAUAAGAGUUUGAAAAAUGGGGAUGCAGGCGGGACAAGGAGAGAAAUUUGGGUUAGUUUUGCUUAUAGCAAUAGUAAUCUUGACAGGAGAAGUGAGGAAAGUAAUCAGGGUGGAUCAAAUGAUUCUGGUGAUUCUUCCCAAACAAUUGAUUAAGAUCCAGAGUUAGGUUUAGUUGCAUUUUCUUUUAGACAUGUAGUAAACCUUUUUUUUUUUCUCUCGAAAAACGCUUCUUUUACUCUUUGGGGCUUAAUUGUGAAGUGGGAAUAAGGUGUUGUAUAUUCAGCUGAGCUGUUAUUGUAAAAAUUGGUUUACUUUUGUGAAAAUGGAGGCAAGACGUGAACUUUAUUUUUACUAA